AUGAGUCACUAUGAUGCUCAAUAUAUCGUGGGGAUCGUGUACACUGUUAUAAGCGCCCUGGCUGCUAUCGCGGGCUCCGCAUUUUUCGUUCUCCUUCUCCGAAAGACAUCGAAAAGCUAUCGUGAUCCCACUCGCCGAUGGGUGGCCAUCACCAAAGUUGCUCUGGGGCUCUGGUUAUUUUCCGAACUCUUUUAUGCAAUUCUCAACAUCAUCUCCCUCGCAUACGGAAGCACAUUCGAAUUCUACUCUUCAUUGGCCAAGUUCAUCUCGUACACCUCGUACAUCCUCUCUUGGUUCUUCGACGUCAGCCAGGCCUUGACUUUCUUGGCACUCUUCUACCUCGCCCGCGCAAUUACCCUCCUCCGCGUCGACGAGACCUCAAAACGGUACCGGAUAGGCAAAAUAGUCUCUCUGGGCGCCGUCGUCUUGAUCUCAGUGCUCAGCUUCGUGGCAAUGUGCCUCUGGAUUAGUACCAGGGAGGGUUACUAUUCUUGGGGCUUUGAUAGUGACAAUUACGAGAGGGUGAUGAUGAGAAGACAGGUGGCUCAGAUUUUCGAUCUCAUUUGUGGCAUUGUCAACCUCUUAUGCGCCAUUGGUGCCGUCACAUACAUUGCCCUGGUCCGCAAGAACGCCCUUGAGGGUCCUCUGCACAAGGCCUCGAACCUUGCGCUUGCAAUUAGCAUUUUGUGGCUGGUCCGCGCAGUCUGGUCUCUCUUUGCCCAGCUUUCCUCGAGAUACGGAUACUACUACUACAACUACGACACUUACACUUGGUUCAACGUUGUCUCGCUGGUCGUCGGCAUUUUGGGCAGCUUCGCCGUUUUCAUCAUGCUCUACUUCCUGGCCACUCAGGAUAAGUACGGCCUCAAUACGCGUGGGGAGCUGGUACAGCCCGCGAAGUUGAGGGACGAAGAGGCAUCGGGAGCCCACAUCACCACUGCCAAUAGCGUAUAUUGA